AUAAACGAAACAAGAAAAACAAUAAAUGCUCCUUCAGUUGUGAAUGGUGAGCUUGAACCUGGAUCAAAGUUCUGGUGUCAUUUUUGUGCUCUCGAGGUUAAGAAACAUAUCACCGAUGGCAACGUUUCUGUUCAAUUUGGUGGCGUUUUUGAACAUUUAGCGAGGUAGGAAAUGUCUGGCGAUUCAUGUGCUGAACGACCUUUUGUAAUAAUGGGCAGUCCAAUAAUGGGUAAGGCCAACAAGUGCUCUUCCACCUGAGUGAAAAAAUCAUUCUGUGUUAGUUACAAUCAAAUACUAGGGUGAGGCGGUUUUUCGGUAAACCGAAAAAACCCGAUGUUUUUGGAAAACCGAAAUACUCGAUGUUUCUUUUGGAAACCCCCCGAAAAAUCUGGAAAAACGAAGAAAAAUCGGUAUUUUACUGAAAUCGAACCAUACUUGUACGAGUUUGAUGCAAUUGAAUCAAGUUUUGGCAUUUACACACGAAAAACUGAAGAGACUUUGUUUGAAAUUUGAUAACGUCUUCAAAAUACCUUACGUCUUCAAAAUACCUUACGUCUUCAAAAUACCUUACGUCUUCAAAAUACCUUACAUACCUUAUCUUGCGUGAGUACUGAGUAGCGUCACAGAAUAAGAAGGUAUAGCAGAAGCGUAACUCUAGUCGUUUCCCUUAUUGUUAUACGUCCACGAAAAUUUUAACUCGCUCACGCCAACACGUCAUCCUGGCCAGUACAACCAGAAGUUUUUAUCAGGUUUUGGUAGGUACAAAGUGCCGGUUGUACUAGCUUGGAUGGCGUGAUUGAUGACGAAUCGCGGACAAAAUACUUGCUCGAGUUACGCUUCUGCUAUACCUUCCUAUUCUGUGGUAGCGUGUUGUCUUUUUUUACCGUAGUUUCGACUCGGUUUUUUCGGUCGGUUUUCGUUUUUUUGUAGAAACCGCCUCACGCUACCAAAUACUUUCUGCACCCUUACCGUUACACACUGAAUGAUUAACCUUUUCAACUUUUGUAAAAAUGCUUGAAAAGCUAUAAAACCGUUAUUACAUACGACGGAUAUAGACCUCGCAAUUAAAAAAGAAACCUUAGUUUAUAAAAUACUAAAUUCAAAAAUCAGGGUCUUGCCGAUCAUAACGACUAAUUUUAGAAAACUUGAAAAGAUCACUAUCCGAUGGAUUGUACUAUCAAAGCAAGGUCAUGAAAAAGAUACGGAAAUUAUAGUCAUAUAAGAUAAAACAUAUACUCUGAAUAUUAACAUCUUGUAAACCAAGCCCUGAUAAAAUAUUUUCUUCCAGGCAGCAGGCUUCCCAGACCAAAAAAUUCCUGCCAAUUUUUUUUAUAAAUAUGAAUUUUGGUUGUAAUUCAAUAACAGCGUCGUAUAUACUACAUUACUAAGUCAUAUACUACCUCAAUAUUAAGAAAAAUAUAGGUUAACUAGAAUUAGGAACAUGAAGGAAUUCUAUGAAACAAUAUUUGAAUUUUGUUUGAAUUUAUAUCAGUAUUCAUGCACUAUUUAAUAAUAGUAGUACGCCCUUGUUUUCCACAUGUAUCAUAAUCAUGAAUCAUGAUAACAGACAGUCGUAGCACUGCCACAUGAUACAGUUUUUUAUGUUGUGAUUGUUGUAUUUAUGCUCUAAUUGUGAUGUUUGUUACUUUAAUGCUGAUUUUUGAAAUUUCUCGAGCUUCAUUCUUGAUAUCUUUCUUUUCCUUAAAAAUUUCCUGUGAGAUUAAAAAAAUUCCUGGCAGCAUGCUGCCAGACUUUCUCAUGCCUUGUAAAUGUAAACAUGUGAGCUAUUGAGUAUUGUCGUAUUGAUGAUCUCAUACAAAACAAUUAUACACAAAAAUACUUCAGAAUGUACUAUUAUAAUCCAGCCUAAUCUGUUGUGUCUCGGAGCACUAUGCACGCAUAAAGUUUAAUUAAACAUAACUUAAUUAAUAGCGGCUUGAAAGCACCGAAAAAAACUCGUAGUUUUUAUUAAUUAAUAUGCUUGUAAAUAUUAGCUAUUGCUGCGUUCUCUCACUCAUCAGCUGAUCACGUUUUCUUCCCGUUUGCUUUAUCAAUAAAGAUGCGAGCACGCUUAUAAAUAGAUAUGACAAUGACUUCGAAAUAUCACCUCGAAUUUUCUGUCUUGUUUCCUAUAGUUCAUAUCUUGAGUUUACAAGAUGUUAAUAUUCGGAGCAGGGCUCGAAAUAGCGGGCUGCCAAUGGCCAAAAGCAAGCUAUGUAUUUUAGAAAUGGCAGGCAAAAACAAAUUUGAACUGCAUGCCAAAGUAAAAAAAAAUGGCAUGGCAGGUCAAAUUCUAUAUAGAUAUAUUUAAUUUAAUUUGCUUACCACAAGUGACACAACUAAUAUAUACUAUAGAUCAUUUAGUUGACUAAAUACGUUUAUAUUUGAAAUGUAAAUCCAAGCUUACAAUAAAAAUGCAAUCAUGAAAACAUUUGAUUUUUACAAUAUGACUCAUAGUCAUAUGAGACAUCGCCAUUUUGGCAGUUCAAUGAAUACAAAUGGCAGGCUAAAAUAUGUUUCACCUGCCAAAAGAUUUUAGACUGGCAGGCCAUAUUUUUUCUCUAGCUACUUCGAGCCCUGAUUCUGAGUAUAUGUUUUAUCUUCUUAUUUCGAAAAACUGUUUGGUUGUAUAACGUAUUAUAUAACAGUUUUAGCAACUGUUUUGAUUUUCAUAAAUGAUUUUUAGUGCUGACCAUCUGAAACAUACAAACAAAUGGUGGGCUGAAAAUGGUGCUGAGAAAAGUGAGAAAAGCAAAUUCUUACUCUCACAACAAGAACUUCACAGGUAAUAUUUUCUAGAUUUCUUUUAAGAAUACCUGUUAUACGACCCCUUUUAUAUAGUUUGAAAAUAAAUUUUACGAAUAUUAAACUUACUAUCAUAAUUAUUUGCAGUACUUUUUACUCGUUUGUUUAUACUUUGUAUUAUCUCUAUUUUUCUAUGUACAGAAGAAAUUUUAUUUUCAUUUUUUUUCAAUUUAGAUUUAAAGAAAGUGUUAAAGAUAAAUUGGAGGAUCUUGAAACAGAAGUUGGAAAAGAGCAUGACAAAGUAAUUUGGCAUUCUUUAUAUAUUUUAAAAUCCAAGAGUGGAGUUAAUUGAAAUAACUUUGCGCCUUUUUUGUAAACCCUGCGGUAUAUAAAGGAUAUUACUUUUAAUGUGCGUUAAUAUGCAAGCUACAUGCAGUCCCUAGCUAUAUAUAUACACUUCAGUAUAUGCAUAUAUAUGCAGCAUUUUUCAUCUCAUACAGUUUCCUAAGCAAUGAAGUAUGUACUUCUCAGUAUGAUUGGGUGUAGACCACUUUCAUAAUACAGAUGGGAUUAAAUAUUUUUAUGACUUGUGUGUAUUAAUAAACCCGUCAUGCACGGCCUCGUUCAGGUUCAACAAUUUUAAUUAAUUUCUGUCACAAAAACGAGGCCGAGAAGGCUUAUUAAUAUGUACAUAAAAGAAUAUUUAAACAUCUGUAUUAUGGAAGUGCUGUAUAUAGAUGUUCAUGAUUAUGAAUAUUGCAUUUAUAAUCACUUCACUAUUUUUUAGUCUGUGAUGUCUAUCCUAGAGAAAGAGAAACGCCAGAAAACAGUCGCUGCACAGGUCUGUAGUUGCCAGAUUAAACAUCAAGUGUGCUGCUGGUAAUAGUAUCCACCACAAAUUAAUUUAUGUUGUGUAUAUUAUAUAAUUAUGUUUGCUGUAUUGCUAUGUACCUUAGAUGUUUUGAGUAGAAUUUGUAGCUGAAUGUAGUAACCUCUAGUAUAUCAAAGCUUCGAAAGUUGUUGAAAUCUGAUUUCAACAUUUCGAAAUCAGCGUGGUGGGUGUAGAAAACAGAGAUUCGUAAAAGGGAUGGGGGUGGGAUGUUCUCAGGCAGUCAAAAUGUCAAAUUUUGUCUUAAUAGAUAGAUAGAUAGAUAGAUAGAUAGAUUUUAUUUUAUGACACGCUAUAACUUCGUCAAUUAAAAAUAUUGAUUUCCACGAAGGGCGUGUGUUCAAAAGUUAUUAUAUAAAAAUGUUCUUAUGGUAUAUAAUAAAAUAAAAUAAAAUAGAAAUAAUGUAACUUUUCCAAUUGACAAAACUGACAAUAUAGACAACUAACAAAACAUAUAGUGAACUAUUUACAAUAAAGGAUUUAUAUAUAAAAAUAUAUUAUUUAGGAACAUGAACAGCAAUGUUUCUUUCAAAUAGAGACUGGGACCCAAUUCCUCUGAUUUCUUUAGGGACUAAGUUCCAGAUUUUUGAAUCCCAGUCAUUAGACUCGCUCAUGUGCCAAAUACCAUUCCCAGAAUUGCUCAUGAAAAUACCCUGUAUUCCCGGUGAUCCAACUUUAUACUUUUUCUAUUUUUUUCUCUUUUUUUAAUUAGUCUAUAUGCCUUAAGCUGUAAGUAGUGUUAUUUAAGACGGGAUACUGUUUAGUAUUUAGAAGAUAUUUUCGAAAAUGUUAUUACUUUUUCCUGAAUGCAAUAUGUAUAGCCACCAGAACCUUGUGUUCCACCACCAGUAAUCUAUCGUACAGUCAAGAGUCAUCAUGGAAUUAUGCAGAAUCCAACAGGAUUGUAUGUAUAAAAAUAUAGUUUAUUAUCUCUUAAUCCAGAGAGCAGUUGCAUAUGCGUAGAGUGGACAGCGCUAUAAUUGGGUAGUUAAUGAUUUCUCAAUGUUCAUAUAAAAUUUACCAUCGAUAUACAACAGGUAUAUAUAUGGGGCUAAAUUUCUGUGGUGUUCUAUUUUAGCCAUGAUGGACAAAGAGUUUGGGGUGGAGGUAUUGUAAAAUACAGGUAUAUACCAAUUUUUCCUAAACUUGUCGACCAUAUAAAUUAUGAUGGGCUAAUAUUCCAGAUUGUGACUCCAAUACAGAAAUUGAUCACAUGGCUGUAUAUAGUGCUGUUGCCAAAUGCCAUGAAUGCAUGUAGCUAAACGGCUAUGAUUUUAUCUACUGCAUGUUUGAAAGCAUGUAUGCUACUAGCUAUAUGAAGGAUCAAAAACCAGUAAUAAAUGCUAGAGCUUUUGGAAGAAAUAGCCUAAAUUGCCACUUUGAAAUAAAUAUAUACAGUUUUUCAUGUGUCCGGAUUCGAUGAAAAUUAUAUCAGCUCCUGUUUAAUUAGUUAGAAUGCCCAGCCUUUGACAGGUCCUCACGCCGUGCAUGAUUGAUGUUAUGGUCGUAAAGUAGACUGUAUUUGUCUUGAUAUUAUCAGAAGUGCACGAUCUGAUCAAUGGUACCCAUGGGAGUUUGAUCUUGAUGAUGGAGAGAAGACUUUUCGUAAGUAAUGUUGAUGCGUUAAUUCAAUCAGUAAAUUCAGUAAUGGCAUCCAUAUAUUUUGUUCAUUGAGUUUUCUUAUUCCUAUCAGCUAGGAUGAUGAAAAUAAUUACUACUGUACUGUUUAAAGACAAACAAUUAAAACAGUAGUUUUUUGUAUGGAAUACUACUACCUGAAAAAUACAAAAAUAACUUCAGAGAGAACAAUCAUAGUAGCGGAGUCAAAACAAUGGACAAAUAAUCUGCAUAAAAUUACGAGUAAAUUCAACACUUACACACAGUAACCAGAAAAGAAAAAUGGUCCUGUCUGUAGUUUGCUAUUAGCAUGAGUUAUCGGCACUAGUUUUGUACGAUGUUGACAUGUUCAUGAACCGGUCUGUAGCAAUAGUGCAUCACUGCCGCACGGUCCGUGGUAAAAGUGCAUUGUAUGGCCCCCAAAUGUGUUUUCAUGUGUUUCUAUAGGUGGUUAUCAGCACGUCUCAAAGUUUCCAGUAGAAACAGGAAAGCUAGAUAAGAACGAGGUACACGAUCUUUUCAUACAAGUUAGGUUUCCAAUGGGCAAAGAAAGGUGUUUGCACACGAAAUUGAACAUUUUAAAUACCUGCAUACAGACUAUAUAUGAUAUUCUGACCACUUCAAUAUCCUUAUCUAAGGUUUUUUACUUUACUUUUGAUUUCUGACCCACACGCAGCUCACUUUAGCCACUGCGGGAAAAGGCAUCAGCAUUGCUGACUCGGCUAUUACUUAGACUACGACAUAGUCUGUGACGCAGGCUACUAUUACUCUGGGGCCUGUUGUUCAAGAGCCAGUUAGCUUAAUCCUAGGUUAACACAAAUUUCAAAGCAAUCUUCCCAACAGCCUGUUUACAAACAUGUAGAUAGUUUUCCACAAUUCAUGUCUGGAUCAAUAGAAGUUUUAGUUUCCAAAGUUUUGAAAUAAACUGAUGUGCUCAGACUAUAUCCUUCGUUAAUCGCAUUUUUGUCCAAUGUUGAAUGCCAGGACUAAACAGCGGGUUAAAUUUUAACCCAUACAGGGUUAGCGCUAACCCAGCUUUGAACAACUGGCCCCUGAGAGAUUAAACAUUUUUCCAUAUUUGUUUAGGAUGGGAAUGUUGGAGACAAUAUUCAUACUGGUAUGUUUUGCACUUGUAUUGGGUAAAAUAGUUUUCAAGGCACAUACUGCAUGUGUAUAUAGGGACAAGUUGAGUACAUAGUUCCAAUAGUUUUUUCACCUUGCUUGAAAUAUUUUAUCAACAGGGAGUAAUGAUGCGAACUAGGCAAGGAGCUUGCACCCACAGGCUUCAGACUGGUCAGAGUGACCGAGCAAACUUCCUCCGCAGGCAAAUAGAAAACGGCUAACCGCGUAAUAUUUGGCAGAGCACGUGUAGAGAGAGGGAGCGUGGUAGGAAAAGAAACAACGGAGAGUUUCUCUUUUUACUUAUUCUUCAAAAUCUCCUGUUACUAUGAAAAAAAAAGCGGUAUUCGUACCAUUUGACGAGGAGAUUGUCCACGGUAUACCACGCGAGUUUUUAUUUUUGAGUGUGGAGUGAGACGUUUUUCAUAUCUCACUCUGAAAAUAGUUAAAUUCAGGGGUUUUGAGUUUGACAGCAUCCACUCUAUCAACAACACUACAUUCAUACCUGUUAUUUUAUUUUUUGCAGGAGCUACACCGCCAUGGCUUCUUGCUGUGAGUAUUUGGUCAAAUACAAUUUUAGCGUUUUGUUAUUAA